AGGCCUAGACAUUUCCUCCCUCUCGAUUUCGUACCAACCAAGGUACCUAUGCUGAAAUUCAUUUUAAGUUUUAUCAGCAUAAUGGGCGGCCGUGUUGAAUCCAAUAAAGCUGAGCACAUAAAAACUUUACGAAAAUGUGUCGAUAAAGAAGAAAUAAAUUUAAAUGGUAAAACGCAAAAUCACAAAAAUGGAUAUUCUAAUGGUGCACUGCAAAGCAAUGGAACCGGUAAAAUGUAUAAAGAAAAUGAGUUCAAACCUCCACCACCCAUGGAUUGGUCACAGUAUGACACCUUCCCUGGUUCAUUUGAAAAGUGUUCACUAAUGAGCUUGGUGCUGACCCACAUUGGCCUCUACAUCCUCAUGUUCCUUGGCUUUCUUAACAAGAUGCUGUUCACUCCAAAAGUCCACAAAGAGAAAAAUAGAGAGGGCUACGCACCCCUGUACAACCCUUUCGAGCAGUUCUACUCCCGCUACGUGUACAGGCGAGUGAGUCAUUGCUUCAACCGGCCCAUCUGCUCCGCGCCUGCCAACAUCCUGUCCCUUAUGGAGCGGGAGUCCACCGACUUCAACUGGUCCUUCAAAUUGACGGGUAAGGUGCUCCGGUGUAUCAAUCUGGGGUCCUAUAACUACCUAGGGUUGAGUGGUGAGCGGGAACCGGUGGCGGAGGCCGUCCGGAAGUACGGGCUAACGUUGAGUUCGCCCCGGGCCGAGCUGGGAGAGUGCCGGCUUCACUUAGACCUCGAGAAAGAGACAGCAGAUUUUCUUGGCGUCGAGUCAGCGAUAGUUUUCGGCAUGGGUUUCGCUACCAACACGCUGUCGCUGCCGGGGCUGUUGAGCCCAGAUUGCCUUGCGAUAUCGGACGAGAACAACCACGCGUCUAUCAUUCUGGGACUGCGAUUAUCGCGCGUCACGGUGCGCGUGUUCAGACACAAUGACGUCAGACAUUUGGAGAAGAUCGCAAGGCAGGCCAUCGCAGAGAACAAGUGGAAAAAGAUCGUUAUUUUAGUGGAAGGUGUAUACAGCAUGGAGGGUUCGAUAGCUCCCCUACAAGCGAUAGUUGCGUUGAAGAAGCAGUUAGGGCUACAGCUGUUUGUGGACGAGGCCCAUUCUAUCGGGGCGCUGGGCCCGCGGGGCAGGGGCGUCACGGACUACUGGGGCGUGCCGCCCUCCGACGUCGAUAUACUUAUGGGCACUUUUACUAAGAGCUUCGGUGCCGCGGGUGGAUAUAUUGCUGGCCCCGCGCGGCUGGUGAACCACAUCCGCGCGGCGGGCCACGCGGCCGCGUACGCGCACAGCAUGGCGCCGCCCGUGGCCGCGCAGGUGCUGGCUGCUAUGCGCCGCAUCCGCUCGCCCGCGGGACAGCUGCGCGUGCGCGCGCUCAGAGACAACACGCGCUACUUCCGCGAGAGAUUACGAUCGAUGGGAGUAGUGGUUUUUGGUCACCCAGACUCUCCGGUGGUGCCCCUGUUAGUGUACACGUUCAGCAAGAUGGCGGCCACCGUGGAGCGGCUCACGGAGCGCGGGCUGGCCGUGGUCGGCGUCGGCUUCCCCGCCACGCCGCUCAGCAAGGCCAGGAUCCGUUUCUGCCUGAGCGCUGCGCACACGCGGCCGCAGCUGGACGAGUGCCUGCGCGCGAUCGCGGACGUGGUGGCGGAGCUCGGGCUGCGGUACUCGCGUCAGCCGCCGCACUAGCGGCCGUCUCCGCACAGUAUUGCACUACACACUACAUUAUGGUAUUACAUUAUACACACUCAAUAAAUUAUUUUGUUUUA